AGAAAUGCACCUGUUGCUAAAUGUUUCAGCAUUUGUCCACACGGCGGAGAAAAGGCUUCUAAUAACCCUGCGUCCUGCGGGAGAAGUGUGUAGAAACAGCGAGCAUCUCGCUUUGGACUGUUCCGAAAAACAUCAUUCGCAUUCUCGAUUUUAUAUCCGCUGCAAAGACACGCACUGGUGGACAGAAGCCGGGAGCAUGUCAAGUCAUCGUGGUAACACCGGGCAGGGGCAGCCUGCUCAAGUUUGAGCCUGUCCCAGAAUGCACCAGCUGUUCCGUCUAGUGCUGGGACAGAGAGACCUGUCCCGUGCAGGAGACCUCUUCUCUCUGGAUGACAGCGAGAUUGAAGACUGUCUGUCCCAAGCCCUGGAGGAAAUCAAAGUCAUAUCCUGUUCACCAGACUAUUUGACCAGUGACAAUGAUCAAGCGGUGGUGGAGAUCUGCAUCACGCGCAUCACUACAGCCAUUAGGGAAACAGGUUCGAUUGAGAGGCACGGAGCAGCUCUUGUGUCCCUGUGGGAGUCUUGUCUCGAGCAUAACCUCCAGCCGCAGGGCAAAGAUGAAGACACACCCCAUGCCAAGAUCGCCUCCGACAUCACCAGCUGCAUCUUGCAGAAUUACAACAGGCCUCCAGUGAUGGUGUUAGCGGUUCCUGUGGCAGUGCGGUUCUUGCAGCAGGGGAACCAAGAGCUGAGCAGAAACAUGUCCAGCUACUUGUCACUGGCUGCCAUUGCUAAAGCUGAACUCCUAGCCCAACACACAGAGGCCAUCACCCGCAGCGUGCUGGGAGGUAAUGCCAUGCUGCUGAGAGUGCUGCCAUCUGUGUAUCCACGACAGCCAGAGCCCAUCCAUCAACACAUCCGUGAACUGACGGCGAUGAUGUCCCAGUUGGACCAGUCCGGCAGACAGCACCUGCUCAGACUACUGCAGAUGAUCUCUGAGCAUCACCCCUUGGUAUUGUCGUCUUUGGUGCCAUCGUUGAUUGGUUACAUCAGUGACAGUGAUCUCAGUGACACUGCCUUGGGCGUGUUGGUGAACAUGGCUCAGGCAAACCCCGCCUCUCUCAUUUCCUUCCUGUCCACCCUAAGAAAUGUGGGUCAGAAGAACCCUUGGUUGUUGGGACACAUCGCUAAGAUCCAUGGGGCAGUGGGUCUGACUAGUGAGGUCCAGGCUCGCAGGGCGCUGCAGUAUCUGGUGUCACUGUUAGCAAGUAUGGAGCACAGUGCCCAUCACACACUACUGCUGGAAAUCCGCUGCCUGACCGAUCGCUACACCUCCAUCCUGGGAGGCGGAGUAAAAGACAUCUACCGCAUGAGCAACAGUUUCACCGCCAUUGCGCGACUUUUGGGACGCAAGCUGGAAGAUGACAGUACACUUAGCAGAGAGGAGGAGAAGGUGCAGGAUUUGUCCAGGCCAUGUGAAGCCGAGUCUAGUUCUGACAUGUUUGCUGAGAACCAGCGUCUGCAGGUGAAGAUCCAGGCUUUCGAACAGAAGAUGGGUGAUGAGGUGGAGGAGUUUGAGGGAGACGGUGCUUCCCCUGGUCCUCAGAGACGCCACAGUCUGUGUCAGGCAGCACAAGACGAGCGCAGAGAGAUGAGGUUCAACAGGUCAAAGAGUCUGGCUCUUCACGCUGUACGCACGCGAUCCAUUAACUCUGACAGCAGUCCAGAGGGAGAAAGGGUGGAUCUGAGCGCAGAACUCUGUGUCUGUGAGGCCAGUCCCAGCCCAGAGACCCGUCCUGCCCUCACGAACCUGCAGGAGAGCCACAAACUCACAGAGACUCAACCUGACACAUCUCCAAACAGUGAGGGGCAAAAGGUGCUGGUUGGAGACCCCCAGGAGGGAGAUAGACUCUGGAUCCAUCUAAGAGACAACAUGGAAGAAAUCAAAAACUUCUGUGCGGAAAUGAUCAAACAGAUCCCCAUACCUGAGCACUGUGUCAUUGAAGACUCACAUCGUGGCUGUGUAGCUAAGUUGUCCUUCUCCUGUCCACUGAAAGGACACUACUGCCUCUACGGGAAGUCCUGUUUCUCUCUGUGUAGCCACCAGCCACACCUCUGGAUCCAAAUCAUGCUACUGGCACUGCAGAGUAAAGUGAGCGAGGCGUUGUGCUGUCAGGAUGAGUGUGUUAAGCAGCUGAGGAAACUUUGGGAGAAAACACAGCUGACGGGAGCUCACAGCUUUGAACUGGCCAUGACCCAGGCAACUGUUCCUCACAAGAAGGAUGUGGACAGUUUGCAGAUGCAUCUGGAGGAGGUCCGUUUCUUUGACCUGUUCAGCUACAGUGAAGAGGAGGGUGGCUGGCUCUGUUUCAUGUGCAGUAACCCUGAGAAAGCCACAGUUGUUAACCAGGAUGGCCAGCCACUCAUUGAGGGGAAGCUGAAGGAGAAACAAGUGCGCUGGAAGUUCAUCAAAAGGUGGAAAACACGUUAUUUCACCCUCGCCGGCAACCAGCUUCUCUUUCGAAGAGGAAAAUCGAAGGAUGAACUGGACAACAGCACAAUUGAACUAAGCAAAGUGCAAAGUGUUAAGGUGGUUGCAAAGAAAAGACGUGACCGCAGGCUGCCCAGAGCCUUCGAGAUCUUCACCGACAGCAAAACCUACGUGCUGAAAGCUCAAGAUGAGAAGCAUGCCGAAGAGUGGCUGCAGUGCAUCAAUGUGGCUGUGGCGCAGGCCAAAGAACGUGAGAACCGCGAGGCCACCACAUAUCUGUGAUGCUUGUUCUGAUGAUCAAAAGCCAGAUGGGUAUGUCUUAUUGCCACGUUAACCCACUAACCCAUGUUUGAGAAACCCUUGAAUUUUACUGCCAGCUCCUCUGCGCUCUCAGUAUACAGCAAGAGCCAAUAUCAUCUUGACAGCAAUAAUAUCAUACUACAUUUAGCACUUUCGUCAAAUCACGUGAACUGUUACAUCAUAUAAAAUAAUUGAGCUGGAUUGAUUUCACAAAAGGACCAAAAGCAUCAAGAAGUGCCUCUAAUAAUCAGCAGAUGAAAUCAUUCACCACUGGGGAUACGGAUGUGUAAAUGGAAUGGCAAAACAGAUCUUGGUACACACUGUUCUUUGGCCGCAGGAACUUGCGUGUCAGAAAUGUUGAUCAAUGUCUCCUUGAAUAACACAGAGGACCUCUCCGAAGUUCUAGAGAACCGCAGAACAAUGGCGGUGAAAGAAAUUCGUUCCACUGGUAUCUGUUUGAGAGCUGCGUUUCGUGCGCUGGGGUGGGCUUUCAUGUCUUAAGGCAAAGUUUGUCCCUUUUUCUCCAUGGAUGAAUACUAGUUAUGUUGUACAGUAACAGUGACUCAGAUUGAAGCCUUUUAUCUAUUUAUAGUAAUAAUUAUUUUGUCAUGCAAAGACACAUUGGGUCUCUUACAAUAAGUUCUGCCCUGUGACAAAUGGUUUUGGCUCUAGAAUGUUUAGAUUCAGAGAGAACAGAGGGUGAAAUUAUAUCUCUAUUUUUUUCUGCUUCAGUGUUGAUGUAGUUACUGUGGUUUGGCUUCUGAAGAUUAUCGUGCUUCUGGACACUAAUCAUGAUUUUUUUUUUUUAAUGCAGUGGGGUGAAUUCCCUGAAAAGUAAUAUAACUUUUGCCAGUGUUGUUUUGGUGCCAGUAAAGGAAUUAAAUUAGACAAUGACUCAAACAUACCCACAGAAUUAGUACUGAACAGUGUGCUCACAUUGAACGUACAUUAAUUCAGAAAUUAAACAAGUGGCAGCCACAUCAUGGCCGAUUGCACCACAUACAAAACAUGAAGUGUCCCAGGCCUGGUCCUCUCUCUCGCUCCACUGGCAUCACUUCUUUUUCUGGCAUCUCUUCAUAUAGUUCCUCUGUUAGACUUGAGACUGCUCAUUAGUCCUCACGCCACCGUCCUCGAUCCAUUCCAAUGACUCUCGACCCUGACCUGUUUGCAAUGAUCAUAUUAUACCCAGAGGUCUCUCUGAGGUAUCUAUGCUUUAAUGCUUUCUCUCUGAUAAACUGGCCACUUUGAUCCUUCACUUGAGCCUUUUUUUUUGGAUGACUUUAUUCAAAAUGAGAAUAUUUAUUGAUUUUUAAAGAAUUGAAGCAGUUUAUGAUGGGAUGUCUGACAUGAAACAGUCGGCCUUUACAUUGUAGCAUUUGAUUCUGUCAUUAAAUAUUGACAAAGUAGUGUUUUUUGUGACAAAAAAUACAAAAAUAGGUUAAUAGUGUGAAAAGCCCAAUUUUAGUUGAAAUUCUCAACAUCCAAAAAACAAACAGAAGUAUCUCCACAGAUGUUUCUUGUUUUGCUUCACAGUGUUGAGUUCCUCUGUUUAUUUGCUUGAGUUGACAGCGUAAUCCAGUCAGGAUGCAUGUCAGCAUCUUGUAGUGUUUAUUUAGCUCUCACACCCUUAAGGGCCCAUAAGGGCUUUCAGCUCAGCAAGGUGCCUCAAGGUCCCUAGAUGUGUGUAGACCCAAAAAAACACAUUUAUAUUUCCAUGGUUUGUUACAAUUUUUUGUUCCAUGUGUUGGGGUCUCUGAGCCAAAUUCCUAUUUAUUUUGAAAGGGUUUUUUUUUUCUUGUGUUUUUAGUUCAUCUGAUUUCAAAUGCACUUCCAGGCAGCUGUAUAAAUAAUCUGCCCAAUUACAUACUAAAUGAAGGUGUGCACAUGUGCACAUGACCUCUGUGACAUGAGCAUGGCUUAUUUUAGUGUUGUUUCUCCUGAGGGACGAAUGUCUAUUUUCCUUGUAUUGAAUGCUGGAGGGUUUAGUCCUCUGAUGAACAUACUGCUGUUGUUAUUUUUUGUUGUUGUUAUUGUUUUUUUAAAUACUGGAAUGUACAGUGAAGGAACUGGAAGAGCCGAUUUUUCAAAGACAUUCAUAUAUAUAUAUAUAUAUAUAUAUAUAUAUAUAUAUAUAUGUGUGUGUCAACAUAAAAUAUUAAAUUGACCCUAUUUACUUUCUUAAGGUGUGUUCUUGGUCUUGUCGUGAAAGAUUCAUCUGAUUAUGUCGUUCCAAAGAAUUUUGAUAUCCAGUUACCAAUUGUGAGCUAAUGGAUAAUGUGAAUAGCUAAAUCUAUUAAAGUGUUGUUUUAGCAAACACAUUUCAUAUUCAUAUAUUCUGGGAUGGUAGAAUUUUUCUUGUUGAAUAUAGUUUUUCACAAUGAAAUAUGUAGGAUUGCAAACAGCAAUUCAUGUUGACUUUAGGAAGUUUAUUAAUAUUUGUUAACAUACACUGGAUAAAAUCUUAAUAUUUCGUCCCCUUGGAAUUAUAAGGUUCUAUGUGACAUUUUUGUCAAAAUGGAGUUAUUCCCAUAUUGUUAUUCUGUGACAACUUAUUUACAUUAUGUUUUUAUGUUGUAUAUAUUAUGGGAUUUUUAUUUUAAAAAUAAUAAGGUUCUAUCUACACAGUCGAAUGGAAUGCAACAACUUUUAAGCUCAAUAUCGCAAAAAAAAAAAAAAAAACUACUCAGAAUGCAGAUAGAACCUUAUAAUUCCAAGGGGACGAUUUGUUAUUGUAAUUCAUGUUGUGAUUCUUUUUUUUUUUUUAUCUGUUUUUAUUUCAAGAGUUUUAAACUGACUAAAUACUAAAAUAAUAUAAAUUUGUUGCAGAUUAAUGUUAGUUGACAUUUAUCCAAAGCUUAAAUAGUUUCUUUAGAGAUAGAGAUGAAGAGUUUCACUAAGGCCCCGUCCACACGGAGAAGGAGCUUACUCCAAUCCGAUCUUUUUUUUUCCUCGUCUCAAGAAAUAUCAGCAUCCACACGAAACCGCAAAAUGAUGUAGUAUACAUGCCAGACCAGUAUGUGGCGCUGUAAUUCUGACACAGAGAUUCACUUAAAACAGAGAAGAAGACUUGGACUAUGCUCAUAAACCUUGCGCGUGGUACACAAUCGAACAUGGAAUAAUACAUUUAUUAAUCUGUGUUAAUGUUAGUUAAUAAAAAAAACAAUCGUUCAGUGUUUGUUCAUGUUUUUGUUGCUGUUACGUGACGUAGAGGUGUCUGACUAGGGGGGAGACGUGGGCUGAUGACGUCAUCGUUUCUGAAAAUAUACGGAUUAGCCGUCCAGACGAAAACGCAAAGACAGCGUUUUCAAAUUUAUCCACUUUGGGACCCGGUUUCAAAAAAUAGCGGUUUCACGAUGCGUGUGGACGAAACGCCUAUCCGAUAAAAAAUUUGUGCGUAUUCACAGAAACAAGUCUCCGUGUGGAAGGGGCCUAAAUCUACUACCCAUCACGGACUAAUGAAGGAAUGAAUAUAUAUUUUCCUGAUUUUUUUUUUUUUUUUGAGUUUGAUAACAUGCAAUCUGAUGUUUUUGUUUCCAUAAAUAAAUAAUUAGAAUUAUUAUGGCAGCAUUUAUUUCCAUUACUUACAUUGCAUCUCAAACGCUUAAAGGUGUAAAUGAAUUAUUGAUGUUACUGAGUCAAUUAAAGAGA